AUGGUAAAAAACGGACGAGAGGAAAGGGGGUCGUGGAGGAAUGUUUGUCGCAGAGAGUCAACGACAACAACACAAGGCAGGGAAGGUGGGCGAGGCAACGAAAGGGAAGGAAUCAAGCAAGGCAAGCCCCCUUGGAAACCGCAAAGGCUCGCCAUUGUCCAGGGCCAUUGGACUGGCUGGGUAGACGGCGCAUUCACCUGGCAGGUAGCCAUUCAAUCAGGCGCAGUCUGCUCGUCACAGCAAACCAGCAUCGUCAAUCCCAGACAAAGGCACGAUUCCACGACCGCGGUCAGGGCCUUUCCCACCGAAACAAACACAACAAACUUGCCGCGCACCCAGCAGUUCAGGGGUGUGUUUCUCACAAUUAUGGAAUAG